GUCCCAAGAGAGCACAAGUUAACCUUCAUCUGUUCCAAUAUGCCGAAUUCAAGCAGCUCCACAUCUUCCACAAAGAGCGUCCGGAGAGCUGCGUCUGAGCUCGAGCGCUCCGAUUCCAUCACGGUAAGAUUCACAGUUUACAUAGACUGCAUUGAAGUUCUUAUGCGCUUUUGGAGAUGUAAAACACCUCCAUCUGAUGUCCAGAAGUCGCAGAAGUUUGUGGGAAGGCGGCAGAGUUUGAUCGAGGACGCGCGGAAGGAGCGCGAGGCGGCGGCUGCGGCGGCGGAGGCUGCGGGACUCAGCGAGCAGAUCGUGUUUGAGGAGAGCGAUGGGAAAGCCUUGCUCAGUCUCUUCUUCUCACUGAGGAGUUCACAGAGCCCAGCGCUGUCCCGCACUCUCAAGGUUUUUGAGACAUUUGAAGCCAAGAUCCAUCAUCUUGAGACCAGACCCAGCCGAAAACCAAAGGACGGUUUGGAGGAUCUGGAGUAUUACGUUCAGUGCGAGGUGCACCUGUCAGACGUCAGCACACUGGUCAGCUCUCUCAAGAGAAGCGCAGAGGAUGUCAAAACCACUAAAGAGCUCAAAUUUAAUUGGUUUCCCAGAAAAAUUGCUGAACUGGAUAAAUGUCAUCAUCUCGUCACCAAAUUUGAUCCAGAUCUGGAUCAGGAUCAUCCAGGAUUUACUGACCCUGUUUACAGAAAACGACGAAAGAUGAUUGGAGACAUUGCCUUCAAAUACAAACAAGGAGAACCGAUUCCCAGAGUGGAGUAUAUGGAAGAGGAGAUUGAAACAUGGCGUGAGGUCUACUCCACCCUCAGAGAUCUGUACACCACCCACGCCUGUAGUGAACAUUUAGAGGCUUUCCACUUACUGGAGAAACACUGUGGCUACAGUCCUGAUAACAUCCCUCAGCUGGAGGAUGUGUCCCGCUUCUUAAAAGAGCGCACAGGGUUUCAGCUGCGUCCCGUGGCAGGUCUGCUCUCCGCUCGGGAUUUUCUGGCCAGCCUGGCAUUCCGUGUGUUCCAGUGCACACAAUACAUACGGCAUGCUUCCUCCCCCAUGCACUCGCCCGAACCGGAUUGUGUCCAUGAACUUCUCGGACAUGUACCGAUAUUGGCUGACAGAACAUUUGCACAGUUUUCUCAGAACAUUGGUCUGGCCUCUCUUGGAGCUUCUGAUGAAGAUAUUGAGAAACUGUCAACACUGUACUGGUUCACGGUGGAGUUCGGACUGUGUAAGCAGGGAGGGACGGUCAAAGCGUACGGAGCAGGACUGCUCUCCUCUUAUGGCGAGCUGGUGCAUUCUCUCUCAGAUGAGCCAGAGCGACGAGAAUUUGACCCCGACAUCAUAGCUGUCCAGCCGUACCAGGAUCAGACUUACCAGCCCGUCUAUUUUGUGUCUGAGAGCUUCUCAGAUGCUACAGAGAAACUGAGAGCAUAUGUGACCCGCAUCAAGAGACCAUUUUCGGUGCGGUUUGACCCGUACACAGACAGCAUAGAAGUGCUGGACAACCCACUGAAGAUCCAGCAGGGGCUGGAGACCAUUAAAGACGAACUGAAGAAUCUCACAGAUGCCCUGAAUGUGCUGGCUUGAUUCUGUCGUGAGGAGCCAAUCGGCAGUCCCCUUCCUCUCUGCUUCAUAUGUGACAGUCUCAUUGAUAUGCUGUGUGUCCAUGUCCACAUCUGCUGCUCCAGAUGUUGUUGCUUUUAAAACGCUGAGUACCAACCUGAAAACCUCACAUCGGAAGUUGAUUCUAGAAACUCUGAAAGGAUUGUUCCCCCCCAAAACGAAAGUCAUUUAUAUCAUUUAUAUCAUUAUGUAUGUUGUUUCAAACCUAAAAUACUUUCUUUCUUCUGUGAAACAUGAAAGAAGAUAUUUUGAAGAAUGGUGGUAAACAGUUUUGAUUCCCAUUGGAAGUCAUAUAAUGGAAGUCAAUGGUAACCAGAACUGCUUGGUUACCAAUAUUCUUCUAAAUAUCUUCUUUCAUGUUCCACAGAUGAAAGAAUGUCUUUGGUAAAAAAAUAUUAAAUGUUGGAAACCAAACAGUACCCGUACCCAUUAACUUUCAUUGUGUAGACAAAAAAAUAUGAUGAAAGUCAAUGGAAGCCGAAACUGUUUAGUUCAAAAUAUAUUCUUGAUAGCUAUUUUAAAUGUUGGCAACCAAACAAUUCUGUUUCACAUGCACUUACAUUGUAUGGACAAAAAAAUAAAUAAUGGAAGUCAAUGGAAACUGAAAUGGUUUAGUUGCCAACGUUCUUCAAAAUAUAUAUCAAGAAAAUGUUUUAAAUGUUGGUAACCAAACAGUUUUUAUUCUCACUGAUUUCCACCAAAUGGAAAAAGAAAAGUAGAAGUCAAUGGGAAGCAAAACCUUUGGUUGCAAACAUUCUUCAAAAUAUCUUGUUGGUAGAUAUUUUAAAUAUUGGUAUUAAAUAUUCCCGUUGACUUCAGUUAUAUUGGCUGCAUAAAUAAAAAGUCAGUGGGAACUGAAAUGGUUUGGUUGCCAACAUUCUUCAAAAUGUCUUCGUGGUAUAUAUUUUAAAUGUUGGUAACCAAACCGUUUUGGUUCCAUUAACGUCCACUGUAUGGACAAAAAAAAUGAAAUGGAAGUCAAUGGAAACCAAAACUGUUUGGUUACCAACAUUCUUCAAAAUAUCUUCUUUCAUGUCCCACAGAAGAAAGAAAUGUGACACAUACACUUUUUUAGAUAGAUCAUACCCAGUGUCAAUCUAAUUAUUAAAGCUAUUGAAGCCAAAAGUUAUUUAUGAAAUAUCAAUGAAGUACUACACUAAAAUAAACUUGAAAUAUGUACUGUAUAUAAUCAAAUGUGUAUUAUCAACACAAAUUCUGAAUGUAUUAGUAUUCUAAAUAUAUUCUAAAAAUAGACCAUCAAUACACUGAGCUGAUGUAUUCUCCUAUAGCAGAAAUAUUUUAUUAAUCCUGAAUGGCGAAUCAUUCAUAAAAUAAUACUGGCCUAAUGACUGGUGCCUGUUUAUAUUAAUCUGUCUCCAGAAGAUAUGAAAUAUGAAUGUGAAUGUUGCAAUAGUCUCUGCAAACAAUUGCAUAAAAAGUGAAAAUACCAUUUCUGUUAUUUAAGCGUUAAUAAAGUUG